AUGAUAAAAUCAAUUUUGGAAUUUUUAGACAAGUUUGAAGGAGCUUUGACGGAAUUUCUGGAAGAUUUUUGUCCUUGUUGUUAUUUUCUACUAUGCACGGAACAUGAACAACAUAAAAAACUCAAAGCGUUUUCUGGAUUUUUCUACGGGAUUCUAUUGGGAUUGUUCAUGUAUUAUGCCAUUCUCAUCGAUUUGGAAUUUGGUAAAACGACAACGAUAAUCAUUGGUAUUUUUAUAACUUUGUUUAUAGCCAUCGCUUUCUGUGGUAAAUCCGGACGUGGAAUACUUAAAACGAUUGUUUUGGCAUACGUUUUAGGUGGUCCAUUCAUGACGAUAUCGAACAAUGCAAAAGAAGCUGUGAGAGUUUUUGGUUGUACGACAACUUUGGCACAUAAUCUUACUAAAACGAGAUACGAACUCAUGGUCAAACCUUUUCAGGAUGCUCUGUAUCAAAUGAAUCACGAUACAAAAGAAGUUUUGGAUACUCUCGAAAGCGUUCGUGACGUUAUCGAACCCAUCGUUGAAGAAAUCGAAGGCGAAGAUGAAGUCAAUAAAUUACGUAACGAAAAUGAUUACGUCGAUACUUUGCAAGGCGAUUCGAAAAGAUCAGAUGCCAUAGACGAAAAAUAUUCGGGAAAAAAUAAAACAAAAAAAAGACAAAUCGAACAACAACAACAAACGGAAAACAAAGGAGAAGAAUAUGAAAAAAAAUACAAAAGAAAACUCGAAUAUAGAUGUCAAGAUGUUAUCAGUAAGGGAGCGGAAAGAUGCAGGGAAUUAUUUUCCGAAGCCUACGACAAAUGUUACAACACCGUGAGCGUGUUUGUCGCUUGGCUGUUAUGUUGGCCGAUGAAAUUAACAUUCAUAUGCAAUUUAGCACAGGUUUUCGGAGGUAAAGCGGUAUGCGAUCCAUCGAAAGAAAUCGAACCCGGUUUCGGCGAAGGUUACGAAACGUUAAAAAACAUAAAAACGGAUAUGGAAGAUAAUUUCAAAGAUGUCAACAUACAAUUCAAAGUAAGCAAUCCUUUGCCGAGAGUCAACGUUAAAUCCGCGGCUGAAGUCGCUGAAAAAAUAACUAAAACUUUCCAAGAAAAAAAAAACAUAUUCGACGUUAUCAUUAUCGUUAUGAAAAGAAUUUUGGCGUUCAUAUUUCUCCGCGUCAUAUACAAAGCUUAUCAGUAUCACGAAAGAUAUUUAACCGAUAUAGAAUUUGAUAAUAAAUACAUAACGAAAUAUUUUCGACACAUUGAUAACAGGAGAAAGAAAAGAGGUCAAAGAUUUCUUUUACCGAUGAAAAAAGUUGAAAGGCAAAAUUUUAUCGAUCCAUACGCCGUAUUACUCUUGUCGGAAGAGCAAAGAAGAAUCAUGGGACAAACAUUUAAACUCGUACUUGAAAUGAUAACGGCAACGACAUUUAUUUUACUCGAUCGUUUGUUUUAUGAAACUCUCGACAUUGUUGCAAAACACGCACUCGUAGAAUACACUCAAAUAGGAGAACACGACAUGAGCAUAUCGAUAAAGGGUACGGGUAUGAUAGCAAACCUUGUUAGAUCGAUAGUCAAAGGUUUUAAUUUUAAAAGAAAAGUAAGAGUCGUACAUUCGAACGAACGUUGCCUUCCAAAACCGAUAAUGUUAUCAAAAUAUUAUCUAUAUAAAAUAUACGGCACAUAUUUUCUAAUAUGGAUAUUUAUUUUACUGGAAGGUUAUACUCAAAGAAUAAAUCGCGUUAUUUGCGCUUAUUUUUAUCACAAGAGAGAAAAAAAAAGAAUAUUAUUUUUAUAUAACGAAACAUUAAAAAGAAGAGUCGGGUAUUUCAGGUACAUGAGAGCAAGAUUAAGAAGAAAAGCGAGGGAAAUAAAUCUUUCUUUCGAUGCGAAUAUUUUUUUAGCAUUGAGAUUAAAAAAUCGUAAAAAAUUUGAUUGGUUAAGAUAUUUUCCAAUGGGUAAAAGACAAUGUUUGAUUUGUGGAGAACCCGAACCUGGAAAAAUUGGAGAAUUUCACGAGUGUACGACUCCGGGUUGCGAUUUUGUACAUUGUAAAGAAUGCUGGAAAGAUAUCGGUGGUAUUUGUUACGGUUGUCAACCAAUAGAAAGUGACGAAGAUCCAGCCGAAGAAGAUGAUUAUGGUUUAUAA